AUGUCGACAGCUAAGACAUUUCAGUUUGCACUUACACUACUCACCGUCACUUUAAGAGGUAAGUACAUCCGAUUGCACUACGUGUUUACAAAGAAGGCGUUUGUUUUUGUGGCACAAAUGGAAUUCAACUAUAUUUGUCUUCUAAAACAUCGAUCACUUGAAGAAGUUAACAAUGCAAGGUAAAUAAGAUCCAGUAUACCGGGAAUCGCGCAUCAAAACGCGCUUAAAAACGGCUGCUUGCUGUAGAAAACAGAGCCCUACUACACUCUUUUUUUUUUAUAAGAAUAUUGUUUUCCCGGGGCAGGCUGAAUAUUCUUAUUUUUCCGCCGAUUUUAGGCUGUAAAUAUUCUUGUAUUAUUCUUAAUAAUAGCUUAUGACAUUUCCGUUUUAGAAUAUAUUAAGGUAUCAAUUAUAGUUUUGUUAAAUAUAGUUAGCUAGUUUUGCCGUUUAAAGAAAGGAAUAAAUUGAAAACGUAUAAUUUGUAUUGUAUUUACAGAUUUUCACCACACGAAUUUAUAUCCUUUUCAAAAUCUCAGCCUGGAGUUUAUUCUUAAAGUAUUCUUAACAUUUCGCAAAUUUCAGCCUCGAUAUUCUUAUAAAAUAUAUUCUUAUAGAAAAAAAAGAGUGUAAAUAACUGCAUUAUGAAACGUUCUGCCGGAUAACUAAGCGAUCUUUACCAGUGAUCGAGAACACCAAUUACGGAAAGGAAACGGGACAUUUAAAUACUAUACAGAUGCAGUCUAAUCUUUUUUACUCACUAUUGUCUUGCGGAGAUCAGCGCGAUUGCCUUCUUUCGUGAAAAUAAAAGAGAUAAUGGUAAAAAUGUUUUAUUACAAUCGCUUUAUCCCAUCCGUACUAUAACUUAAUAAAUAGAAUCGGCAAACUUUGAGUUCAAACAAGAAUUAAAAAAAAAAAGCUGUUAUACCAACAUUCUGAAACAAAUAUUACGCCAGAAUGAGAGGUCAAUCCAAAAUUCCCCUCUUUGAAUAUCCGGCAUUCAGUGAUUUGACAGGAAAAGAAUAAAACCAUUAACUCAGAUGAUAAACAUCUCUCAUUAAAUUUCAUCAUAUCUCUUUAGCAAUUGUUUGAUUAGUUGAGUUUCUGGUGUUAUUUACUAUUGACUUUUUUUUGACAAUUUCGACUCAGUCACUGUUAUCAACGAACAUCUGCAUCAAAUCGAAGUAACUAGGCUAAACGCUCACAGCCCAAAGAAAACUAAACCUCCCUUUUAAAAGACCCUAAAUUUAGGGAAGUCUUUAAAAAAGAAAAAACAAGAUGCCAAUUGGCGAUUAACGCUUGAAAAAAGAGUAGGACAUGUACAUCUCUUCACUCUGCAGGCACGUUGCAAAACAAAGUAAUCUAGUUCUACCAUACUGAAUACAAAGUAAUCCGGUGUGAAAAACUUCCAAAGCGGGGAAGUACAGUAUCAAGAAUACUUGUUGUAACAUUAAACAAACAGUUUUUGAUCCGAGAUUGGUUGAAAACUCAAAAUAAAUUAAUAACAUUCUUCAACCAGGGAAGUGCGCGGGUAUGGUAUUUACGCACGAGUUGUGACAGAAACAACGAGGGCGUGAAUUCGGUACAAGUACUUUCCAAGUGGUAUUGUGUUUACGUAUACUACAUACUGAGACAUCCCUCAUCCUAUCAGCCUAAUAGUUUUAAUUUUUCCAAAGUGCUAAAAUGGUAGAAUUUCAGUGCUGCUACACAUCGCGAAAUAACAUCACCAAGACGAAAACGAUGUCACCUUUCAAAGACUGUUAGUAAGGCUUAUAAAAAUAUAAGGUAAUACAGGAAGUACAAGUAGCCUUAAUUCUUAAUUUUCAAUUGACAAUUGCAUGCCAGCGGAAAUUGAAUGAAUUGGAGCGAAAUGACGGGUUUGAAUAUAAAGUCUAACAGAAGACAAAAUAGCUCCUAUUUAAAGUACAACCCAAACAUUUUUUCCCUUUCCAAGCAAGUUCUCUACAAUUCUAGUUUCUUUAGUUCUCUUGUUACUUUUAGUUGUAUUUGGUUGUAUUUAUUUCCUUUAAACAUGACCCCCUAGAAUAGCUUAGCUACCCGUGGGCAUGUUAUAAUUGUACUUUUACCUCAAAACACAAUAAAAAUGUAUGUAUGCAUGUAUGUAUGUAUGUAUGUAUGUAUUCUCCUGGUAUAUUUUCUUUAAUUAUACGAAGAAUUACAUCUGUAUACCACAUUACACUACAGUUACCUCUGUCGAGUUAUCUUUUAUUUGCAAAUUAUUCUCUUUCUCCUGACUUCUUUGUUUUUAGGUGCUCGUGCUGAAGACAUGAAUGUUUGCCCAAAAGAAAUGGUCAAAUUGUGUUGUCCUCUUCUUGAGCAAGCCAUCCGGAGCGGAGAUUACAGAGAACUCAUCUGGAAAGUCGCCGACCCUCGUGACAAAUCUGAUUCUGAGCGAAAACUGGGUUAUUGCGACGAAAAUCUCAGCUGUGCCACAUAUAAUUCCCUAGGAAGCCUUGAAAAACGUAUCACGAUCAGAAAUGCUCCUGUAAAUGGGACAUUGUACGUGGAGCAGCUGAUCAAGGACGACAUUCUUACUUUUACAUGCUCUGUACAAAGAAAACAGAACAAAGACCCACUUGUUUAUCAAGUGAAUGUUUCCUCCUCCGUUCAUUGUGAGUAGAAUUUGAACGAUUACAAUAUUUGUGUUUAUUUUUGUCAGUAUUCUUUUUAUUAUAUCUCUCAGUUAGUACGCGCGCUGUACUCUCGUUUUUCCGCUAAGAUUUAUAGCCCAAGCGCAAUCAAUGAACUCGGUCCGUAAUUUACAAUACUUGUCUCGAAUUCGGGUACGAAGAAGUUUGAACUCCUACAGAUGCUUGCCAAAGUUAUCCAAAAUACGCGUUGAAAAAGAAGGAAAACCAGACAUUUCGAGGGUGCCAUCUCCUCUUCGUUUUCGCCUUAAACCACUGACGAAGAGGGAGCAACCUCGAAAUGUAUAGCUUUCCUCCUUUUUUCAACGCGCAUUUUCAAAAACUUUGACAUUCACUCGAUUAUUUGCGUUGCACAGCUUCUUCUAAUUUUCGCACAAAAGGACAUCCGCCCUCAUCACGUUCUCGGGCGCCUUUAUUCCCCUUUUCCCUUCCCCUUCAAAAGCCUGUCACGCAGGUAACGUACUCCUACAGAUGGAUGCCAAAUAUUUCCUAGUUUGCGUUUUGGGCGCACGGCAUUGUCACAGCCUGCUUAGUAGGCGUUUGAAGGGAAAGAGAGUAUACAGCUUGCGCGUCUUCAUUCCCCUAUCUCUUCGCCUUCAAACACCCGCCACGUACGUUAGAAGGGUCAGCGACAACCUAUAGUAGCUUUUUAAGCAAUCUCCCAAAGUAUCAUAUAAAAAGUACACUCGCCAUUGUCAGUGACUGUUUAAACAUUUUAAAAUCAAAAUUUCAGACAAAAAAGGGAACCAAUGACCUCCCCGCUAAAUGUGCCAAACGUCAGCGUCAAAGGCUGUUAAAAUGAAUGAGUGUGUCCGUACAUUGAUUAAGGUAUAAUUUUCGUUCAUCCCUUUUUAGGCCUGACUUUAUUUGCCAACCAAGACGUUAACCUCAACGAGGCUCUUGAAGAAGAAACGGCAUCGAUUGGUAGCAUUCAAGAUAUGUGGUGGUAUUGGAUCAAACUCGAUGGAGAAAAGAGGAAGAUUGCAUAUUGUAACUCUGAGUUAUGCGUGUUCGACAAUUGCUGUAACAGUACCUGCCAAUCAAGGUUUAGGAUUAAAGGAGCGACACUGGAAUUGACGAACGUUAGGAAAGAAGACCGUGGGUUACAAUUACAUUGUCAGAUAUUCCCUAAAUUAAAGGGCAGAAUGGCUAGUGAACGUACUGCUCAGUUCUACUCGAUAAAAAUCAGUGCCGUGAUUCCAAAAGGUCAGUCUACUAGCUAG